AUGCCAGAUGCGGCAUUUCACGAGCUCGGUCAGAACCACUAUCUGCGCUGCCACGAGCAGCUGCCGUCUCCCCUCGUCUAUUAUGUAACCGUCACCCGCGAGGGUGGGAGAGAACUGGAAGAUCGAGCCAUCGACUGGCUCCCCAACCCAGGCCGGAGGCUGCGCGUGCGCACCGAGUCCAGCCACGACGAGAGGGAACGACGGGAGGGUCCACGGAACCGGGCCGGCCUCUCGCGGGAGAAUCUCGACACGGACGGAAUGCCAGAUGCCAGCCGAGGGGGUUUCUUCACUCUUACGGGGUCCUACGUUAGCAAAAUCGCCAAUGUCACUUUCACAUCAGUUACAGAAGCGAUGGAACGUGUCGUGAAUUUACCGUUCGUGUGUCCAGGCGCCGGUUGCGUGCCGUCCCCGUUCGACUGCUAUCUCACCCUCCGAAGCCUGAAGACGCUGUCGCUGCGCAUGCGCCGCCACAUGACCUCCAGCCUCCAGGUCGCCCAGUUCCUCGCCUCGCACCCGCUGGUCGAGAGGGUCAUCCACCCGGGACUGGAGGAUUACGAGUACAAGGAGCUGUUGAGGAGGCAGACCAAGGGAUACAGCGGGAUGCUGUCCUUCUACGUCGCGGGGGACAGAGAGACGGCGCGGCUCUUCACGGGACACCUCAAGAUCGUGACUCAUGCCGACAGCCUCGGCGGGGCCGAGAGCGUCGUCAAGAUCCCGUGA